UAGUGCGCCAGAUGUAUCCACCGCCAAUUGGUCCAAAAAAUGAUCAGAAACCGGUAUUGUGUUGGGAGGACUACAAGUGGUCCCCUGGUCCAGAAGUAAGAACAGCAUCUUCCAAAAUAGUGGAAGAAUUUUGGUGGCGUUUCAAGUGUGACCCAUCGGAGCAAGAGAAGGCAGAUGGUGUUUUGGAGGAGAACUUAACUAGGAAAGUGAAGCAGAUGCUACAUGAGGAAAAGGCGGCAGCCAUCAAAAGAUUAAAGAAGAAGGGACAAUUGCCUACAGAACUAACAGAAGAGGAUGAGGAUGGUAACCGCUGGCCAACUAAGGAAGCUUUAAUUUCUGCAAAGAGAGUUGACUUUGGUACAGACGUUGGUUGGCGUCUACUAUGUGAGCACUGGAGUAGUACUGAAUUUAGAGGGUUAUCUUUAACCAACAAAGAGGAACAGACUUGCUAAUGGGACACGGUCUUCCAUUGCAGUGGUGCUAGAAAUGUUGUCGCCACGCGUCAAUUUCUGAAACUCAAAACCGGGAAAGACCCUGGAAUUUCUGGUGCUUGGCUUCACACGCACAAAUUGCAUCGAGGGACUGAUGAAGAGCAGAUAUGCAGUCAAAGAACUGCUGAUCAUUGGGAGGAUUUUGAUAAGGCAAUGAAAAAUGCCCAUGGAGAAAAUUGGGAAGAGGAGCACCCGGAUUUAGAUGGACAGAUCAUCUAUGAAGCAGCAGGCAGAAUGCCACAUGGCAGGCUGGGAAUUGCUAAUGAGUUGUUUUAGCAAAGCAGAGAAGGCGAAGUUUAAGUCUAAAAGGGCGAUGGCCUCACAGCCGGUGCAGUCUGCUAAGGAGGAGCGUCUAGAAAGAGAAAACAAACAUUUGAAGCAGGAGAUCAAGCGUCUUCGAGGCAUUGAGCUUGUUGUUCAGUCUUUGGCUGAGAAAGGGGGAGUCGACUUUGAUGGCAUAAUGCAAUCAGCAGCAGAUGACUUGGCGGAUUUCAAAGGGGACGAGGUGAUGUGCCUCAACACCAAACCGAAAAGGGAAUGGGAAGCAGGACUGGAGGCAGUACAGUCAUGGAAAUGAUGAUGAGGACGACGA